CUGGCUCGCGUGCAUUGAAAAAGUAAAGCGACUCGUUCGGGCUCGGCUAAACAAAAAUUAACCGUGUUUUUCGCUAAAAUCCCUGUCGAAACCGGUGAAAGUCUACAGAACUCGGUACGGUGACUGUGAAAACGGUGAAAGUUAGCGACGGGAAGUGGAUUUUGACGGUAAAAAGUGUCGUGAAAUAUUGUGCUCUUCGGCUGCUGCUGGACAUCUUUCUUCGUUUUGUGUGAAUUAUUCCGUGUGUGCGACAGCGUUCCAUCGCUUCAAUAGGUGCGAAAGGGACACCGGAUAGCAAAAGUUGCCGGGAGUGAGUGAAACAACAAAGUGGUAAUACAGAAAAAGUACUAGCGUUAUAGCGGAGGAAAAAUGGAUGCGGAGUCGAAUUUGACGGAGCAGAUCACCGUUUGCUCCAAUAGUGAACCCACCCCAAGUGAGCCAGUUGAUCCGGCCGUACUGAAGGAAAAGAUUGCCGACGAUCUGAAGUCAACAGCCACGAUGAAGGGCGGCGGAGACGGACCGGACGGAGUUCCGCUUGAAAAGGAUGACCUUCUGGAGCGCUUGGACAAUAUCGACACCAGUUCGGAAGCGGUGAAAGCACCGGGUGCCGGAGGUAACUCGGACAACGAUGUAGACAUGGAAAACGACGAUCUGAUCCAGCGGCUGGAAGCGAUGGAAAAAGGCGAAGAAGAUGCAUCUGUUUCUUCCAAAGGCGACAAGAAGGAAGAUGCUGUUACUGAGGUGGCGCACCAGAACGGGUUGGAAAAAUGUAACGAAGCGGAUUCUUUGCCGGAGGAAGACCAGGCACUGAAUGAAGAAGAUAAGAUGGAGGUUGAUGCGGCUGAGAAAAAGGAUGAUGUCUCUUCGUCAGAUUCUGCAGUAGUAGCUACGGCUACAAAUGGCGACCCGAACCACGAGCAACAAGAUCAGCCAUCGAGCUCGGUCAAACGGCGACAUUCGGAAGACGAAGAGGCGGUUGAACCGUCGAGCAAAAAGGUUCACGUGGAAGAAGCACCUCCAAGUAGCGAGGAAUCGGCUGCAGAAUGCACGAUUUCGGCAGAAACGGUAGACACAAAAGUAGAGGAAUCUGUGGUUGAAAUGGAGAAAAACCCCGAAUCGGAGAAUGUUGAAGAACCUGUCACCGGAAAGGAAGAGCAAAGUACCGAUGAAUCAGACAAAAAGUCGAUUACCUCUGAACCGGAACCGCCGAUUCUUGACGAUAAUCCUAAAGUAGAGGAACGUGAUCCUGUGGAAGAAUCUGCCCCUCCACCGGGUCCGGAUCCUAGUGAUGUUACUACUUCCGAAGCGGACGAAAAUCCUGAGAAGGAUGCUACUGACGCGGUUAACACUACUUCAACUGAAGUCGUCGACGAUAAAGAAGCGAAUGACACAGAGGCACCGCCAGCCACAGUGGAUUCUUCGACAACGAAAACUGAUUCGGAGGAAACAAUUGACGAGGAAAAAUUGUUGGAGAGUGAUUCAAAAUCACCUGAGUCAGAUGUAGAGCCAACAUCAGCAGAUGAGACUGUAAAGCCAGCGGCAUCGGACGAAGUUUCGGCAGAACAACCCCAAGCAGAGAAUGAACUGACGACUAAAGAGGAGGACGAACCUAUCGACCAAGAUACGGUAACAGAGCAAGUCGCUUCAGAAGAGACUAUAGCCGCAACGGCUGUCGACGUCACUGACAGCAAGAACGAUGAUGUUGCGGCAGUGGAAGUGGAAAAGCCUGAACAAGACGAACCCGUAGAAGACAAAAUCACUGAAGAAAUCCAGGCAGAAGAAAAGUGCACAACUGAUGAAGCACCUGUAUCAGAACCGGUAGAAGACGUUCCUAAAUCGGUCGUUGCAGAAAACAUCGAACAGGAACCAUCCAGUGAAGCGCCUCAGGCUGAGGCAGAGUCAAAAUCCGAUUCGCUUCCAGAUACGGAACCCAACACCGAGCCCGAAUCACCGGUAGAAGAACAACCGACCAGUUCUUCUCCGGUACCUGAAGCGAAAAGUGAAGACACAAUUACAUCUUCCUCGGAGCCGAAAGAAUCAGCUCAACCGAACUCAGCAGAUCACACUGAUACAGCUGAAGAGCCUGCUGAAGUUGACGCGGUCACUAGUUCCGAUGAGAAACCUUCGGUGGAACCAGUAGUGUCUGCCGUGGAAGUUGAUUCCACACCGGAAGUUGUUACACCUCUUACAACCAAGGAAGCAGAACAAUCUGAUGAAGCAAUGGAGGUGGACAGUGAACCCGCUGCUGAAGAAGCUUCACAGGCGGAAGUCACGGAAGCUCCCUGCGUUGAAAAACAAGCAGCCGAUGAUGUUGUGGAAGCCCCAGAGACAACUCCAGAACAAGAAGCGGCGCCUGCUACAAUUCCUGAACGACAGGAACCAGCGCAAAAUCCGAUUGAGGAGGAUGAAUCUAUGGAAGUCGAUUCUGCUCCAGUUCCGACACAAAGCAAAUCUAACGAUGGAGAUGUGACGGAAAGUAUGAACACUUCCAGUGAAGAAGCAAUCGAAUCUCUCGACAACGCUGACUCUGCCAUCGUAGCCGAUAGUCAGAGCGAAGUAACGGCAACGACUUCAGCGCAUAACAAAAAUCUGGACGCAACCGAAGGACCUGAGAACGAAUCCAAAGCGGAUGCAUCGAAGGUAUUGGAUGACAGCAUCGAAAGUUCACUGCCAACUUCCAGCUCUGACAAAAUGGCCGACCGGCUAAAGCAACGCCUGGAUCUCAUCUCCAAUGGAAGCAGCACACCGAAUGCUGCCGUCAGUUCCAGUAAUGUGUACAAUUCAACGCCGAUUCAAAAGCAGUUUGAAAUAAGCUCGGAAAAUGUAAGCAAAAUCACUCGGCACUCGGUGGACAACAGCGAGCGGGAAGAAGAGGAGCAUAGUGCCAUUGUUGCUGAUAAUUCGACAGUCGACGAAAAGGAUGCCACCGUUGCUUCCACAUCCGGUGUGACCGGAUCAUCCGAGCUGGAGUUGACUGCGACAAGUAAGGAAAUUGUUGCAGCGGUCAAGGAUGAGAGCAGUUUGAAGACGACAGAAUCCUCGGAGGUUGAUUCGUGUACCGCUUCUUCCGCUCUCAAUACCGCCGAUGAGAUCAACAUGUACGCCAGCAAUGCACGGAAAUUCAACGGCAUUUCCUCCACUUCCGGUUCUGAAUUGGACGAAAAAUCAGGCGCCCCGUCAACAAGCAUUACCACUACAGCAGCCACCACAACGACGGCAGCCAACAAGCUGGAUCUCACUACGGCUCUGACGUCCGAGGAAGCUCUGUACGAGGUCAGCGUCUGGUUCGACGGAACCGAUCUACAGUUUUUAUCCGUCGAAAGACUAGAGCAAAAACUGCUGUCGACAGGUGCCGCCGGAACGGCAGUGACAGGUUCUACGCAAGACCUAACCGGUAUCGAUUCCUCAAAACAGUCCUCUAAUGGUAGCGUCGGUAGCCUCGGUCCUUUUUCGCUCCCUCCACCGCGCCCAGCACUCGAUUCGGCCAUGUCACAUUCAAGCACAACCGAAAGCUCCUCAGGAACAAGUCAAAUCAAGGCAUCCCUGUCCAAAAGUAAGCAUACAGUGCGGGGGGCUAAGGCGCUUGCGAGUUUGAUGAUUGAGGAGUUCACCAAGAUAAAGCGCGCCCUGAGCAAAGAAGAUGAUGAUCUUUCCGACAAUGAACAAGAUAAAACGGUAAUGAAAACACCCAGAGGACGGCCGCCAUCGUCAACAAAGAAAGCCACCACCGGUAGAAAGCGAACACACACUGAUUCAGAUGCUGCCGACGACGAAGAACCGAAAUCGAAGCCAGCAGCAAAACAAGCUAAAAAAGGCAGCCAGAAGGCUGCUGUCGUAGAGUCGCCUGAUGUAGAAGAAUCCCCCAAGGAGGACACCUCAAACUACCUGUGCUGUCUGGCCCGAUGGUCCGAUCGAAAGUACUACGCCGGGAAAGUAACGGGUUUUAAGGGUGACAACAAGUACAUGGUUCUGUUUGAAGAUGGUGCAUCGAAGGCACUUUCCAAGGACGUAAUUGUGAUUGGCGAUAAGGACACACUGCCGAUAAAAGGUCAGUCGGUGCACGCAUUAACAGGCGGAGACACGUACGAACCCGGCAUCGUACAGGAGGUCAAGCGAAAUGAAGACAACGAAGUGGUCUACGCGGUGCUGAUCGAUGAGGGAACCGUCGAAGUGACUGCCUCCGAUAUGUAUUUAACGGAGGAACAGGCAAAAGCGAUAAACAAAGCAUGUAAGGCACUGGAGAUAGCGGACGAGGCGAAUUCUCCUCAGAGCAGUGGAAAACGGGGCGGAAGCGCUACCAACACACCGAAUCUUAAAACUCCGGACGAACCGUCGGCUGCCAGUACCGAGAAAGGUUCCCGGUCGACUAGGAGCAAGCGGGGUGCGGACAAACCGCAGACACCGGUAACACCGGAGGCCGGCUACUCGGGCGGUGUUGGCAAGAAGGGACGGCGUGGUCGAAGGCUUUCAUAAAUCCGCUUUCGAUGCGAGUCCCGGCAUAAGUAGUUGACAAAAGUAAUAUGACAUCAAUAUGCAGAUAUAAAACCAACACAACAAUUUAUAGUCAAUAGAAGCAACAAAUAUUAAUUUUUAGCUAUAUUCCAAUCAUAAUCAAAGUUAAGGAAAGUGCUACCGUGACACAAACGAAAAAAACAAACAAACAACAACAGUGGGAGCGUCGUUGCAAAGUGAAGAGGAGAAUAUUAAAAUUUUAGACAAACCCUGCCACCACACAACAAGAGUCACCAAUCAUGCUCGAGUAUUAUUGAAUUGAAACUAUACUUAACUAAAUUAUAAAGACGCUAGCGGGAACUUUGCGGUUUGGCGCUGCUUAUAAAGAAUAUCAAAUUUCGCACUAGGCGUGGUUAGUACGAUCGUCGUGUCGUGUUUUAGCAACAAGAAGAGACAAAAAAACAAACAUGUUCCCCAACGUUUGCAUUUCACUGUUUAUGCAUUUAGAGAAGGGUGGUGCUCCUCAUAAAGUUUAGUUCUACUCGAAAGCUCAUCAGCACACAAAAGAAUUUGGUCAGAUUUUUUGGCAUUCCCCUACAAAGCAACAACACUAGAGCAGAACAAAAUGAUUUAUUUAUAAUUCUCUGCUACUUUUAGACGGUAGAUUUAAGUUAACAUUUCUACGUUUAAUUUACACGCUGCUAAGAAGGAAAGUUUUGCCCCCAUCAUUUCGAUGACAAGGCAUGUAAACUGACGUCUAACUUUUAGUAUCUAACUGUACCAUUUACGACGAGAUAGUUUGACAGCGAAUGUGUUAGGUUUUAGAAAUCUAAACAUGUGAAAAGUUUUGUGACGAAACAAUACAAUCUGUGUUCUAUGAUAGUUUUUUUCUCCCGAUCCGAUGGUUCUAAGAAUUUCUUCCACACUUGACAGGGCAUAAUGUUUCCUAGAAAAGCCACCGAAAGAGGAAAGCGGAAAAUCGCGCAGUGUGAGGUAAAUGUUCCAGGCUCCUUUCCAAUAGACCAGGAAAAUAAGAAUAUACAAAUCUCCAUCCUAAUGCUGCUAGUAGAAUAGCAUUUAAGGGAACGUAUCUGAUAGUGUAUCGAAAAAGCAGUAGGGUAUAGGUACAACUGCAACCAGUAACAAACUAUUCAAAAGCAGAGAUAGAUGUGGAGGGAAAUCACCACCGUUCUUGACCGGGACAGUAUGAUGUGAGGAGCUGUAAAGAUGAAAAGUUCCAAAGCAGCAGGAAUAUAACUGGUUUACGAAAUGUGAAGCACUCUUGAGACACUCUCUAUUGACGUAAUUAAAAUAGUCCCAGCAGUGGUCAUUGUUUAUGCUCGUUAAACCGAAUGAAUAAGAGUGGGAAAUCUCAGCCAACUGCUUCAUCGGUAUUAUUUAAAGGACACUAAGUAGAAUCAGAAUAUGCAGUACGGACAUAAACAGAUAAAAAAUACGCCAAAAAUGCGUAGAAAGGAGUAUAAAACUAUACUGGAAAUAGUAAUUUUAAAAAUUAAAGAAUACAGAAAUAAAACGUAAAUAUUCUUAACAAAUCAUAAA